ACAAGAUCUGAGUUCGAUUAUUUCGUCUAGAUAGGCUUCUCAAAAUGUAAUCUUCCUGUCUGGUUGGUCGUGUUUACAUGGAUGGCUAAAAUGACAGCGUCUUUAGAUUGGAGCCUGCAAACAUUUUUAUUGAUUGUGUCAACCAGGGUGUAUGUCAAUCCAAUUAUCCCAUUGGUAGCAAUUGGUUAGCGUGUUAUACGCUAUGUAAGGGAACACUAAUAUGGAUGUAGUGAACUUUGCUUCCUGUGCUAUUGGGAAAUGCCUGGACACUUUUUGCCUUCUACUAGACUUGGUCAUCUGGUUUGUGAAUUGGCUAGGCCGACUUUUCUCCAACAUGGGUUCAUCAAUGCACGACCUGCAAGUGGUCCCGAGUGGCUCCAUCUUACUAGAAUACUGGAACUGUGCACUGUUCUCUUUCCUCACUGUAACAGAGGUGGUCACAAGCACAGCACACGGAGCUUUCAAUCUACUGGAGGGAUGGCUUCAGACCUUAGGAGGGGUGUUCGAGAGUUUCAAAAUGGUGGGCCACCUCUCUUCUCAUGUUGCAUGGCGCACCAAGGAGCUGCUACACCGCGGAUUCCUGUCUGGACAUACUGUGCUUAAACAGACUUGUGACGGUUUUAGCAUUGCGUUCAGCCUCGUUCUCUACUUUGUCAACACUAUAGUCAACAUUCUUCUCAUUGGUACCCAGAACUGCUUCUCUGCAAUGGUAGGGGCCUGGGAGGCAGUGUCAGGCCCCCUGCAUAAAGCUUUGGAGCUGGCCCUCACACUUCUCACCUUCCUAUACAGCUGCCUGGUGGGCACCUCUGUACUGCUUUGGACACCCUGCCAACUAGCUCUUGAGUUUCUGGGCUCCCUCGGUCAUGUCUUUAUCACAGUAUUCAUGCUCAACAUCUAUGGCUUGCUCUUAACAGCAGUCAUUGUUGCUUUGACCUUGCUAUAUCUCAACCCAGAGUUGCCUCGUCAUGUGGCCCAGCAAUGUCUUCACUUUGUCAACACAAUCCCAGGAAUGCUAAGUCUACAGAGAACCAUCUAUAGACUUUACCUGCUGGCCAUGGAGCAAGCUCAAGCUCUUCAGGACAAUGGAGCUGGACCACAGGCUAUGGGGCAGGUGGCCCAAGCAAGACAGCCAAGGGGCAGAACAGUACAGACUUCUGUGGACCAAGGUGGAGUGGGGCACCUAGUUCUGGAUCCAAGGGCCCCAGGUAUUCCUACUGACCAUACAGGUACCCUUCUUCCCCCAGAACAGACUGGAAGAGAACAAGUGGAGUUAUACUCAACACUUCAACACCUCGACAGUAGGUGGGAUGACAUCAACCUUGACCCAGACCAAUACCACCACCAGUCUACAACAAGGACUACAGUGAAGCAGCAGCCUGCCUCUGGCCAAGGCAGCCAGGCCCCUCCAGUUGACACUGGCCUCCUCAGUCUAUUGAAGGAGCAUGAGGAGAGGAAGAAGUGCGUAAUCUGUCAGGACAGGGUCAAGAACGUGUUGCUGCUGCCCUGCCGCCACCUGUGCCUGUGUCGCCACUGCUCGGCCAUCUUGCUACAGCAGCCCCCCCAGCAGCACAGCUGUCCCCUCUGCCGACAGGCCAUCACACAAACCAUGGAUGUCUUUCUCUGAGGGAACUGGUAGUGCACUUUGGGGUACCAUUUCAGACACUCCCCCAUAGUUAAAGAGCGGGACACUGAUAAAUACAUAGAAAGAAAUGCAGUCAGUCUGAAAACAACCCCAGUUAGCAUAAUGGGGAUGGCUUCAGCUUGACUUCCAAUGGGCUUUAAAAGAGCUUCUGCCAUAUUACUUAUUUCUUUUGUACAUUUUAGAUCUACGAACACUGAAGGGGAAGACUUUAAACUCAGGAUAAUGAGUGAUGAUAGACCUCCACAAUGUAUAGCUGUGCUGAUAAAACACAACUCUUGUCCACUGUCAUGUAAAAAAUGGUACUGUAUGUAUGGUGCCUAUUUAGUGGGGUGGAACAUUCAGAUAGACAUGAAUUUUAUAGAAUAGCACUGACUGUAGAGUUUUGUUGGCUCUGUGCAGUACAUUGCUAUCCAUGCUCUGACCCAAAUAAGCCCAUAGGGUUUCUGAUGCUCACACUUUGCUUCCACCAGUUCAAUUAAUUCAUAUUGCAGCUUGCAUUUUAGGCGUUUGGUCCUUUAGUUUAUAUAAUGUGGACAUAUCCUUGAUGGUUUUCCACAGUUGCACUAACUAUAUUGCACUGGCUACGAAGCUGCUGUGCUGGCUUGUACAGUGAACAAAAUAUUACAUUUGUAAUUGAAUAGACUGAAUAUUUCCAGUUCCAUCUUUCAGGCACAUACUGUAGGAGCGCUGCACCUGUACUGUCAUAUAUUUUAUAUAGAUAACUUAGAAAUGACUUAUAGGCCUAUAACAAUGUAUAAAUUGUGAAGAUGAGGAAUAAUCCCAUUUGUUUGAGAACUAAUACAUUCAGAGUGAACUAGACUAACGUUGCUCUAAUAUAUUUCAAGGAACUGUUUAUCAUCCAUACUGUAUAUGUAUACUGGCAAAAUGUUACACUACCUUAAGUUUGUGUUAUGAUUUGAUGCACAAGGUCAUGCAUUUUUCUAUGUUUUGUACUUAUGAAUGUUUUUUUAAAGUUAUUCAGAUACACGUGUUGUCUAUUCAUUACCCUUGUCAAUGUUUUUGUAUCAUAUCAAAUAAACAUGCAACAGGCUAUGCCUUGUAGGCUAUAGUUCCAUAUUAUUCA